ACAGUUCUCACAAAAAUCUAUCAUGACGUUCUCCUGGAUAGCACUUUUGCUGAACGAAUGUGGCUUUCUACCAUGGACAUCGAUCAUCCAGUCAAAAUUUCCAUUCGUUUUUUCAAAAUUCUCAACCAGAUAGCCUUACAAGAUCCCAGCGCUGAUAUGAGAAUGGACAGUUCCCUGUAUUCCGUAGAUGAAAAUCGUAUGAUGUGGCUGGAAGGACUUCGAAGGUAAUUUUAUAGUGCGCUGUAUCAACCCAUUCGUUGUUUGGACCAGAAAAAAGUACAGAUUCUAAAAGCAGGGGCAGUAAAUGUUAACUGUGCAUUGCAUAUUCGUUACCCUUGAUGCCCACAUAUGCUGGGCACGAUCCAUUCAACUAAAAUAUCCGGUAAUUUCAGUCCAAAAACCCAGUGGAUCGGUUCGGUCCAACCGGAAAGGUUUCGAAAAAACUGGUCCACCUUUCAAGGUGGACCACUUUUGCCGCUUGGGCUGGUCUGAUCGGAAAAUGACCGUUCCAUUCGACGAUUCCGACCCAUUCUCAUCCCCAGUUCCUCACGGUUCGGUACUUCCUGGGUGUUUACCAUUUGGCAAAAAUUGGCGGCUUCAGUCCUGCUACCGGUGCAGUUUUGUGACAUAACUGUACCCAUGCUAGAAAAUUUGCUAUCUCACGAGAGUCAAGCUUGGCAGGUAAGUUUUUGGUGUAUUUACUUGUUGCUCUUUGCAAAAAAAAUCCAAGCAAGUCAGUCUGUAUUCGCAUCUCGACUGCGACUAUUCCCGCCAAAACCAAUUCGUACGAAAAUGUUGACAUUUCAGCCUCCGACUCUAUUGUUUUAGUCUUCGAAUAAUUCGUUUUCUUCAACAAAUACUCACUUAACUCGUCCUCAGCAAGCAUUUAAUGAGGUCUGUUACAACCAGUAGGUUGCUACCUCACACUGAAGCUGACGGUUUAUAUCCCGAUUGCCCGUUAACGCGUUUCUGAGUUUCUGUUGGAGAGAGGAAUGAAACGAGACCGGUCGCCGUCGAGAUCCAUUCUUCCCCACGUAAUUUUCGAACCUCUGCUCGGAAAUUUUUGUCGAAUGGAUCGCGCCCGCUAUGUCACACUCGGCCUUUUUAAACGGAAAGCAAUGCCAACUGAAGUUGGACUAGAACGAUUGGGUCAUGUGGUCAACAAUGGUCCCCGUUCCUGGUGCUGUCUUUUCAGCUUACUUUAACCCUAUUCAGAGCGGGUUGUUUUUUGUUUCCUGCGACCGAGCGGGGCCUAAACCGCUCAUGAUACUACUCCAACUAAAAUUACACAGAAUAAUGUACUCGUCAUUUCCAACAUCAAGGCAUACCCUGAUUGCCACAAUGACGAAAUUUGACGUCAUAUUCUCUUUUUUUGGCAGAAUCUAAAUUCCAUCAAUUUUCCCUUCAAAGCAAGAAAUACUUAAAUAGUAAGGUGUCUGACAAAAUCAAGAAAUUGGUUAACACAUUAAUAAUCUUUAACAAUAGAAUUGAUGCCACAAUGACAUCAUUUAUCAUUAAAAAAUGAUCUGGAACUAUCCGCCUUCUUGGAUCUGCCAUUUUGAAUUUAUUAAGUGUCUUCAGUUUCCUUUGAAACCCGUAUGAAGGAUGCUCAUGAAGCAAAAAAAGUCGCAAGUUUUGAAAUUCCGAGAGAAAUAAACGCUGUUCAAAAUUGAACCAAGAUCUGCCAUUUGGUCAUUUUAAAUUCAAGUUUUUUCUCAAAUCAGUUUCUAAAAAGCCUGGAUCACACUUAAAGUGAUAGUAAAUUUGAUAAAAUAUUGCCAAAUUAUAAUUAAGUGUAAUGCUAUUAUUUAAUAACUAAAAUCAAAAAUAAAUCCUUUUUUAAUGGCCACGUCAAAGUUGACGUAAACGUUUAGACAAAUUUAAAAUUUCAAGGAAAAUUCGCUAAGUUUUGGUGAUCAGUUUUUUACUGAGGGGGGCUCAAAAAGCCCCCUCCCUGGUCUGAAUAGAGUCCGUACCUUUCCAAAUAAUGUUUGCUGCAAAAAUGGCUGAUUAUGAGGCGAAUUGUAAAAGCAAAGAUUAUUCAGCAAAGCUUGCAAAAAGCAUAUGGUAGUUUUUCAGUAAAUGAGAUAUGCUCAUCUGUUAAAUUUAAACAAGAAACUCCAUUAUCCUUAAUUGCAAUUAAGUGUUGAUAGUUGGUCAUAUGAAGAGAAAUAUUUUUACAGUGAUCACAAUCAUGGCCUCCAAACUGUCACUUCCAAUGCUUUUCUGACAGGAAAAUGGCAACUGUUGCUGCCUCGGAGGACAAAGAACGUGGGAUAAGAUUGCAAGGCAUGCUUCGUCCUAUCAAAGAACUUCAAUACUAUGAUAUGAAAGUCCCAGAAGGUGAGAGGUUUGUCGAACUAGGUGAAUGCCUUGGUCACAGGCCGUUCCUGAAAUCUCAUGUUUUCCAAUCUGUGGUUUUGGCGCUGUACUCCCUUAGAUGCAGUGAACACCCAGAUAUUGCAGAGGACAACAUAUGGUCCAAAGAAGAUGUCCCGACAGUUGUUGCCAAUGUUAUGAUAAUUGUUAAGCAGUUUCUCGAUGGAUCUGUUGACGAAGCUACGGACGAGAAGCGAUCGCGUUUUUGGUCAUUUCCUCAGCUUUCUCUGGAAAGUGAAGGACAUUGCUAUAAUCUACAUCAGCCAGAAUCUCUUUGUUUUGAUGUUUAUAGAGGUGAAACCAUAAAACAGCAUUUUGCACAUAUGUGGCAUGUACUACAGCAAUUUGCUAUGAAACAAGAAGCAGAUGAUAAUUUUUGUAAGCCUUUUGUAGAUGCUUCUGGACAGCAAGAAAAGUCUUCCCAUGCAGGAAUUAGCGAUAAUGUAGUGAGUCUCCUUCCCCUUAACUUUGCAGAAAUAGAAGUCUGACCAUGACGACUUUAAGGUUUUAUUAUUUUUGGAACUAUUUUCUUAUUUAUUCAUUUAUUUCGCCACUCAUUUUUUCUUACAGUUGUUUAAGAUUGCAAAACAUAUCUAGUAGCCGGAAGAUCUCUGCAACCUUGUCACAGCUUUCUGAGGAGAUCUCCCCUUUGUUACAAUACUAAAGUCGAUUAAAAUUACAUUAAUGACGACGGCUUAAUUAAAUUCAAUAACAUGUAGCUAUAUACUUUAUAGAUAAAAUAUUACUAUCUAUUAAAACAGCUCUUACUAUCCUCACGGUUUUCCAGGUCAGAAUCACAUCGUUGUGAAGCAAAUUGUUUGUUUUCUUUUGAUUUAAUUUUCUUUAAUUUUGUGCAAGCUGUUCCAUAUCUUUGCUCCUCCGUUCUUAAUUAAAAAUGUACCAUAAUUUGUUCUUUUGUAGCUUAUGUGUAAUUGUUUUUGAAGUUCCAGUAUUAUUCAUGUGAAUAGUGCCAUUGAAAAGUAAUUUCAUAAAGCUGACGGUAGAUUUCCAUGCAAGUGAGAUUUCAAAUUUAAAUAAGGCUAUCAUAUACGUAUUUAACUCGUGUAUAUUCAGUAGUCCUAAUGACAAAAAUAAUGGCCUUGAUUCCUGUCUAUAUUUAGAGAAUGUCAUAAUUCCCUCAAUUUCUUUUGAAUUUUGUAAAUACCUGUAAGUCUUGUUGAAUAAAUACUUAUACCCAAAAAAUGUUACAAUGUGUCAAGUAUUGAUAGGGGUAUAUAUGGUAAUUAUAAUGCCUUGCUCUGAUCAUUAUACCUAACAUUCUUGAUAUUUUUGUUUCCACUUUUUUAAUAUGUUGUUUCCAGGGUAGCUCUUUUCUAUUAUUAAUCCCAAAAACUUUGUACUGUUUACUUGUUCAAAAGUUUCUUUGUUGAUUUUAAUUUCAAAGUUACUUGGUUUCUCUUUGUUUUCAGUUUUAAAAAUAAUAAAGUGAGUUUUGCUAAUAUUAAAAAAAAAUGUUAGUUCUAAGCCAAUUGGCAACUUUACACAUUUUCUGAUUUGCAAUCUGAUUUAAUAUUUCAGGAUUUCUGUGACUGUAAAACAAAUUUGUGUCGUCUGCAAAAAGUAAAAAUGAUAAGAGUGAGUUUUCUGAAAUGUCAUUUACAUAGAUCAACAGUACCAAGGGACCAAGAACCGAUCCCUGCAGCACGCCACAUGUAACAAUUCGAACAUCCGACUUGACAGGCAUAGUUUACUAGUUGCUUCCUGUUCGUUAGACAAUUUUUGAACCAUUCCAAUGGAGUCCCUCUAAUCCCAGAAUGUUCUAGUUUAUGCUGCAGUUAUGUCUCAUGACUAAUAGUAUCGAAUGCUUUGGAAAGGUCUAAAAUAUUCCACUAGUAUACUCAUUCCUUUUAAUUGCAAAUGAUAUUUUGUCUAUAAGCUCUGUCAUUGCCUGUUGGGUAGAUCUAGCUCAUGGAACUGCACGGAAUCGCCCGGAAUCUGCUCAUAUUUCAAAAACAUAGAGCAAACCGGGAAAUACCAUUAUAACAAUUUUUAAACUGCUUCCUGGGUGGUGCUUCAUGUAAACCUGACUUUUGCAUUAUCUCUUCCACUCAUGAGUAUGCAAAUUUACGACAAGCAGAUUCUGCACGUGCAAAUCGUGAUAGACUAUCCGUAUCCUGUUGCGGGAAGGACGGCGAGCAAGUCUUUUUUCAAGUACAAACUCUCUAAACAAAUAACCUGUUUGCCUUCAAAAUAAUCUUAUUGUAACCAGCCGAAAAGCAACGCAGCUUGCGCGCAACUCACUUAGAAAGUUAAGCGCCAUUUUGAAGCAAGAAUUUUCUCCCUACUCCAGAUAGUAUUUCAUCGUCCAGUCGCCAAAAUUUAGUAGAGGACCUACCCCCGCUGCACAAUUUAUUGACACACAUUUCCACGAGACCAGCCACAACCAGGGUUCUUUCUCGAAGCAAUAGAGAGAACCCUGGGAAUGAGGUUGCGUCUAUUUUGGUGUUUUUGUAUUCCUUUCAAGUCUCCCAUUCAUUCCUUCAUUGCUUGAGUUCAGUCCAGUCCUAGUCCAGUUGAUUCCAGUCCAGUCCAAGUCCAUAGGAGUUAAUUUUAUAAAUUAGUUUCCAGGGCUACUCAUUUUCUGUACUUCCUGGUGUCGAUCGCUUCUUUCGAUUUCAUCGUCAGCGAACUGACCAAAGACUUUGUCCUUUGUCUUUACUUGCAGCCCUUGAAAACUUCUUAUACCUCGACGAUCCAUACUGCUCAAAGGUAAGUAACUAAAAUGCAGAAUACCCGGCCAUUUAUAACAUCCCAUUAAAUGAGAAAAGCUCCACUGUGUUAGGCAUACUAAAUAUGCCUCGAAUCUCAUAGCGUUUCGACACCACAUGAAGUAAAUAGUGAGAUGAAUCGAUCAAUCUCUCAUCCAUCGAUCUGGAAGACAAAAUUUUAAAAAAGUUUCUAUCGUCAGGAGAGAGAAGGAAUGCCGUUUGUUAUGGUCACAGUGGUUAAAGCAGUGAUGAAGUAUUCCCGAUCGGGCCAUGAAUGAUCUAAAACUUGUAUUGUCGUGGUAUUUCACUCGACACUGAGAAAAGAUAACCCCCCAUCCCCUUCCCGGGCUGAUCAUCACUAUCUUCUUAGUGUAAAACAAGUCGUUCGGCAUUUUUCUAGGUAACGAUGCGCUCUAUUUUAUAGCAUAAUUAGUACGUUUUCAAAACAUAAAUAUUCUUAAAUGCUAUAAUUGCUGAAUUAAGUUAUGCUUCAAACACACGCAAGAUUUCAUUUUCUGACGAGUUGGUCACAAAUUCAAGAGAUAUGCCCCCCUUUCACUACGUAUGUUCACGUUAACUUGUCCCCUGUGUUUUCAGUUUCAGUUGCUUCAUCCUGUUCCUCUAUUAAGUUAUAUCGGGCACCACGCAAAACGGUGUUUCAUUAAAAUAUCAAUGAUUAAAAUGCCGUGUCUCAUGUUUGAUAUAUUGCAUGAAUAAUUGUGGUUCAAUCUCAGUUGUUCUGAAAAUAACUCCCUUAUUGUAACUAUUUUACUGAGUUCAUAAUUAAACAAACUUUGUCUGUUGUAUUUGAAUAGCUGACGAUGGCAGACAACAUCAGAAGCUGGUUUCUUCACUUAUCUCCUGAAACACGGCAAAGAUUGUUGCAGAAUUUAUUAGACCAUGAUCACAAGUGGAGAGUGGAUUAUCGGGAAGGUUUGGCCAAAAAGGUUGAGUCAGAUAUGAUCUGCAUGAUGGAUCAAUUAAGUGAACUGAUGGAGAAGGAGGAGCCGUUAUUUAAGGGCAAAAUGCUGCAGUGUGGAAGCUCAUACAAUAGAACUAAGGUAAUUGUCUCUUCAGUCCUUGGUAUAAAUUUCUUUAUCAUGUAAUUUCUUGACUCGUGUCUGUAUCGCAGCAUGUAUAGAGGAAGUGCUCUAAAACGUUUUCCAAGUUAAUUGUGAUGCGUAUGCAAUGAUUAAUUGAAAGCAUAAGUCCAACCAUAUAAGGGAAUCCAAGACAGUCUUGGAUUCUGAAAUCCAUAUGACAUGGAUUCCGGAUUCUUUGUCUGUGGAACUGGGAUUCCAGAUUUCGAUCUUAAGUAAGAUUCCGGUCUCCUUGAGCUACAUUCCAGAUUCCAAAGCCCAAGAUUCUGGAUUCCACGAGCGAAAAUUUCUCGCAUUCCGGAAUCUGUAUUCCCUUACAUGGGGCGAUAUAAGCUCUCGCAAAAAUCGGUAACCAGCUUCAGGUUGUUUUCGAAAUCUAACGUGGCACUUUGUACUUUGGUACCUUUAUGCUCCCAUUUAGCCUUCUCAUUCCGCCAAAAAAAGGCCGAAAAAGGCCUAUUGGUCUCUAAGUUUUAUCUCACGAGAGAAAAUGGGAAAAGUGAAAAAUCGCUCCGACGGGUAGGCGUACUGACAGUCAGUGACCAAAAACGAACGUUAUUAUGACAAGACUCGAUAACCUAACCCGGCCUAUGUAAGUUGGCCCUAUACAGUGGCCAACAGCUGGUUUUUUGUCGGCCUGAGAUAGUUACUCCAUCAAUACAUGUAGUUAUCCUGACAGGGAUAGUCACACUGUAGGCGAAUAUGACGGUCAACUAUGGGCCGUUUCGGCGGACAAUCAUUCGGGACUUUUGCUUCGCUUUUUCCGCAGAAACGUGUAUUAUAUUAUUAUGGUGCUUGUGCAUACAAAUUUGACGAAACGGUACAAGCUUUCUUUCUUAAAGAACUUGAUCUGGAACUGACGAUAACGGAGAUAUUUAACAUGCGUAAUUUUACAAAAUUGCCAGUGUCUUGAAAAUCAUUAGCGCCCCAAUUGACUCUGAAAGAGUGGUUUGCUAACCAGUUUGAAACAGUUUCCCUUUUACCCAUCCCACAGCGUUUAGACGUGUGUGGAGCAAAAUCUGACUGAGAGGCAGUGUAAUAUUUAUUUUAAGGAACUUGAGUCAUGGCAAGUGUUGUUUGUGCGUGGGCCUGGUGUGCUCAAUAUACGGCGUUUAGAGCAGUCUGUUCAGUAGUGCCGCUUGUGAACACAGCAGCUCAAAUCUCUUCCCAAUUUUCAUCACUCUUCAUCGCCUUACUCUUUUCUGUGUGCAGGUUGGACAACCUGAUGAAAUGGAUUUUGCCUUUCAGUGGGAUCUCUCGGAGAACAGGUCGAAGAAAAUAUUAGGCGUUAGGUUCUACCCGCAGGGACAAAAACAUUUUGAACGUUUAAAAGGACGUGUUAGCUUAUCAGAAUGGGGAUUAGUUCCUGUCGACGUGGUUGAUGUCGUAUUUAAAAUAACAGAUGAAGAUGAUGGUAGUGGUGAGUACAAUGAAAACCACGAUCAGGAGGAGGAGGAGGAGGAGGACGACGACGACGACGAAGAAAAAGAAGUAGAAAAUGGGAUGUCACCAACGAAUAUCUUUAACCGGUUUUACCGUGUUGUAAACGAUGCCUUCAUGAAACUGAGACUUUUACCUGACUGGGAACACGGUGGGUUUGCGAGUCCUGCAUGUACUGGGACAAGAGAAAAUGGACCAGCUUUGAUGAUGCAGUUUAACUACAACAAGGAAAAUGGAGAAAGCCUGAAACUGACCGUGGAUCUUGUACUGGCAAUGGACGUGAGAGAAAUUUAUGAUGGUGACUUGGAUGAACUGUGUACUUUACACAUGGGCCCGUCUUGGCAGAACGAGCUUUUGAGGAAGAAACAUUACUUAGAUAAGAUUCUCACAAAAAUCCACGCUAAAGUUCUCUUGGACAGCACAUUUCCAGAAAGGAUGUGGUUGUCUACCAUGGACGUCGAUCACCCAGUUAAAAUUGCAGUACGUAUUUUCAAAAUUCUCAACCACAUUGCCUUAGAAGAUCCCAACGCUGACUUGCGAAUAGACCUGUAUUCCGUAGAUGAAAAACGUAUGAUGAUGCUGAAAAGACUUCAAAGGUAUUUUGUUUUGUGCGCUGUAUCAACCCAUGUAAUGUAUUUAGGAGUGAAGAUCUUUAUCUGUAAUAAAGAGGAGACUUGAAACAUUCAGAGGACAUUGAUCAAUGUCUAUGAAUAGGAGUUAGGUAUUUUUGUUCCAUUGUGAUGACUUCACAGAAGUCACGCGUUGCUGCUGAGUAAUUCACUCCCUGGUCUCCGUGACGCAUACCAGUGAACGGUUUCCAAUGAAAAAUAAGUAACAACUAGUAAAAAUGUAAAGGUUGCAAGAGAAGGGGCUGUAAAUAUCUUCUUUUUUUGCGUUGCCCUUGAUGUCUACACAUGCAAUGUCACAUUCGGUCAUUUUAAACAGACAGCUAUGCCAGUAAUCUGGAUUUGAACAAUUGGGUCAUUUGGUCAACGGUGUGUUUCCGCCUGCGUGUUAUGUCUUGUUUUUGUUCUUUAAGGCUCCAAAUCUCUAUAAAUUAUCUUUGCUAGAAAUAAAUGUUCCAUGAGAAUGGCUGAUCAUGAGUGGGAUUCUAAAAUCAAAGAACAACUGGGAAAAUUUACAUAUAAAUUUCGGUAAAAGGAAUAUAUAUGCUCAUCUUUUUAAAUAAGUUUAACUCGAUGCUCCGUUGUCCUCUACUGCAGUAAGUGUUAGAAUAAUUGAACAUUAUAAAGGGAAAAUUAAUUUUUAAAAAGAUAACAUUUAUUGUCUCCAAACUGUCAUUUCCAAACCUUUUUUUGACAGGAAAAUGGCAAAUAUUGCAGCCUCAGAAGACAAAGAAGAACGUGCUAAAAGAUUCGUGAAAGGUUUCCUUCGUCCUAUCAAAGAACUUCAAUACUAUGAUAUGAAAGUCCCAGAAGGUGAGAGGUUUGUUGAAUUGGGUGAAUGCCUUGGUCACAGGCCGUUCCUGAAAUCCCAUGUUUUCCAAUCUUUGGUUUUGGCGCUUUACUCCCUUCGAUGCUGUGAACACCCAGACAUAGCAGAGGACAAAAUUUGGUCAAAAGAAGAUAUCCCGGCAGUUGUUGCCAAUGUUAUGAUAAUUGUUAAGCAGUUUCUCGAUGGAUCUGUUGACGAAGCUACGAACGAGAAGCGAUCGCGUUUUUGGUCAUUUCCUCAGCUUUCUCUGGAAAGUGAAGGACAUUUCUAUAAUCUACAUCAGCCAGAAUCUCUUUGUUUUGAUUUUUAUAGAGGUGAAACCGUUAAACAGCAUUUUGCACGUAUGUGGCAUGUACUACAGCUAUUUGCUGUCAAACAAGAAGCAGAUGAUAACUUCUGUAAGCCUUUUGUAGAUGCUUCUGGACAGCAAGAAAAGUCUUCCCAUGCAGGAAUUAGCGAUAAUGUAGUGUGCCUUCUUCCCCUUACCUUUGCACAAAAAAGAGGCUGACUAUAAUGACUUCAAAGGUUUUAUAAAACUGCACGGAACGUCGCCCAGUGUAAUUACGAUAUCACCUUUAUCGAUACACGUCUGUUCACCAUUGAAUGACGGAAAACUGUCGUGGCGAAGGAUUCCAAAAAAUUACUUCCGUAUCACAGUAUUACAGUUAGCAGAUUGGUCAAGAACUCCCCAGUGCAUUUCAUUGUAUGAAGAAGACGAACGGAUUCUUGCGUAUAUUUUACGGUGUAAAUAAAACGAGGCUUUUCAGGAGUCAGGUGUAAAGUGUUGCUUUUACUCAUACAAAAGCUUCUAACUUUCGGCGGCCGUUGCAGUCGCUACUUUUGAGAUAUACUGCUGAAAAUUCUCAGGUUACCUAAUUUUAAUAUGCUCUUUCAGCCUGUGCAAAUGAAAGUGAACUGUUUUCGUGUUUAGCGAAAGCUGAUCACGUGAUCAAGUCAUAAAGAGAGCCUGUUCAUUGAUAUAAGUAAGAUAGUUCAGUUGUGAAAGCUUCCAUAAUUGUGAUUACUGUAUACUAAAAGAUACCAACCGUGUUUGUGGUCAGUAACUUUUUGAGUGCUAAGGUGUCCUCUGAAUGCGGGUAAAACCCGGGUUUCGAGACUUGAGGCGCUCCUUAAAUAGAGGUAAUAGAUACAAAGAUGAUGUGAGCGUUUUUCCGGGACCACAUUCUGCGUCCGGUGAAUGGAGGUGUCCCUUGAAUAGAGGUGUCCCAAAGAAGAGGUUCCACUGAAUCAUAUAUUUUUUUUUACAUCGAUCCACACAUACUUUCAUGAAUGAACUGCUCGCCAUUUCAAACAGCACAGCUUUGCCAAAAAGAAAAAACAAAAACAAAAGCUUUAGGCAAAAAGUUACAUCAUCGAUACAGCUGGUAGAGCCAGGGGCAAUUUUAGCAGACGAAAUUUUACAGUAAACGAUAAAACAAUAACCUUUUCCCACGUCCAACAAGAUCUGGUCUGAAAAAACUGUUGACGUCUAAAAUGUGGCAGAUAUAAAAGUAUCUCUUGUUUGGCUUCCCAUCACCUUCAACAUGAGGCCGAAGUGUCCAUUUUCCUUGGGUCCUAUAUUGGAGAAACAAAGCAUACAAGCUUUAUUUCUGUGAAGGAAUAAAAACUUAUUUUAUCACUACCCGUUUUCCUUUGAAUGAAGAUUAUAUAUACUGUAAGCCUUUUUGCCAUUUUGUGUAAGUGUAUUGAUGGCUGGUUUCACUAAGAGUGAGCUACAUAUCCUGUCGUUGCUUUCUUCACGCGGACUUUCGGCUUCUGCGCAGCCUCAGAAAUUUGAAACAAUAACGGUUUCCAACGGUUACAACGUGGGUCAGAUGUUGAGCUGGCGCGUCAUCUUGGAACCCGCCUUAGCGCUCGAUUCGCGGAGCCGACCAAAUUAUCGCAGCUAUGGGGAAGAGAAUAACCAGGAAAUAGGGAACUAUAAGGUAUUUUAUGGAGAUGCACAUCCUCGGAGACCCAAGGACAGCUUGCAGCGUAUAAGAAUUAUUGAAAUCCUUAUGGACGAAAUCACUCACAGGCAAGGUUUUACAGAAAAAGAAUGUUCUUGUGAACAUUUAGCAAUGUCGCUGUUAAAUAUAUCCAUAUAUCCACGGACUUCAUUUUAGCUCUGUCCAGACCGUUCCGUGUACUGAAGUGCCUAAUGUAUUUAAAUCCACUCAGUUUUGUCUUUAUUUGACACUCCUUUCUCGUGCUUACUUUAACAGGUCGGACUGCCAGAUGAAAUGGAUUUCGCUUUCCAAUGGGACCUCUCCGAGACAAGGUCGAAGAAAUUAGUAGGCGCCGAUUUUUCCUUUCAAGGCCCGAAACAAUACCAACGUUUAAAUAAAAAGUCUUCUUCUGACUUCCUUUGGGUGGACCGUGUAUUUCUGACUUUUUCGGUCAUUAGCUCUGUACAUCCAAAUAACGUUUUUGAGGGAGUGCAGCCGACGCAUAUCUUUGGUUGGUUCUAUCGCGCUGUAAAUGAUUCCUUGAAAAAAAUGCCACUUCUUCCGAAUUGGAAACACGGUGGAUUGGCCAGUCCUGAAUGUACCGGGACAAGGAAAAAUGGGCCAGCUCUGAUGAUGCAGUUCAUUUACGACAUGGAAAAUGGAGAUAAACUUAAUGUGAAUGUUGAUCUUGUAUUGGCAAUAGACUUGAGAGAGAUUUAUGAUGGUGACCUGACAGAGCUGUGUGUUGUACACAUGGGUCCAACUUGGCAACAGGAACUGCUGAAGGAGAAAAAAUUCCUGGAUAGGGUUCUUGUCAAGGUCCACGAUGCAGUUCUCUUGGAUAGCACCUUUGCUGAGCGAACCUGGCUCUCCACAAUGGACUUUGACCAUCCUGUAAAAACUGCAGUGCGCUUGUUUAAGAUACUUAACCAGAUGGCCUUACAACAUCCUGACCCUAAUAUGACGGUAGAGAGUGCCCUCUUUACUGUUAACAAGAGUCAUAUGGCUGCAAUGAAACUUAUGCAAAGGUAAUUGUUUUCCAAUAUUUUUUUUAAGACUGUAAAAGAAUGCGCAAGUACGCUCUCUUGAGAAAGUUAAGAACCAUUUAUAAAUUACAAUGCGUGAGCUUCGUAAGUAACGACCGAGCGCGUAGUGAGGUGUUUUUUGCAGGAAACAGCUGAAUGUUCUCAGAUUAUCAGCAUCGUUCAUCAAGGUCUGUCACCUAACAGUUGUAGACGCUGACUAGAUAUCGCCUUUAUUAAAAGGUCACUGAAUUUGUGAGUAAAGAAUGACUAAUAUAGCAUGUUAAGUAGACGUUCAAUUCAAUUCUUGGCGUCCUCGCUAGUGUCAAAUCAUUUCAAAGUCGUAAGUCUGUUUUAUUCGGACCAAAACCUAAGGCGCCGCAAAUAACAGCUACAUAGGAGACAAAUCGACACCACACUGACACGAUAGAAGGAAGGCUAGGAUUGGACGGCACUUAAAGGGAUUAUUUGGUUCCGAUAAAUAAAACUGUAGCUGUGAUUGGCUAAAAUCGCAUGGGGAAACGAAGGUGGAUACACUGUGAGCAGCCGUUUGUUGGGGAGGAGCUUUGCUCUUCUCCUUCCUCUUCUUCUUACUUAAGCGUAAGCUUACUUCCCAUAACUAUGGUUUGUUAUACUUUUUUCCACAUUUUGAUGGCAAAAUAUCGUACUUCAGAACAACCUCAGGUGCACAGUUUUGUCUCAGAUAACCUCAAGGAACGUCCUGUCAAACAAUUCCAGUACUUUGAUAUGAAAGUCCCGGAAGGCAAGAGGUUUGCCGAUGUGGGAGAAUGUCUUGGUUACCGGCCAUACUUCAAAUCCCAUGUGUUCCAGUCAGUGAUUCUUGCUCUUUACGCGCUUAGAUGCGUUAAAAAUCCAGAUACAGCAGAGAACAAAAUAUGGUCCAAGGACGACAUACAAACCAUUGUUGCCAACGUGAUGAUGAUUGUCCAGCAGUUUCUUGAUAAGUCUGUUGACAAAGAUCCAGAUGCCCAUGGAUCUCGUAAUUGGGGUUUUUGCGAGAUUCAGCUCGAAAGUGAAGGUGGUCUUUACUGCCUUCCCAACCCCAAGUCACUUUGCCUUGAUGUGUAUCGAGGCGAUACGGUCAAAAAACAUUUUGCUCGUAUGAGGCAUUUGUUUGAACAGUUAACAAACCAACAGGAAGCACAUAAGACUCUUGGCGGAUACUUCCAAGCGGAUACGUCUACGCUGGGCGAAGCAAGUCAAGCUGGAAAUAAUAACAAGCAAGAAAUAGUGCGUCUACUAACACUAAAUGUUUCUGAAAACAAACCUGAAGAUUCAUAAAGUAAAAGAUUUUGCUUUUCCAUGAUUGCCAAAAAAAUUCACCCUGGACAUCGAUAUUAAGUUUUCAUCUUCAUUUGCCUGUUUCUAGGCACGUUCAGGAGACAAAGAGAUGUUCAGUUCUGAAGAUAUUCUCCAAAUAGCAGAUGUCGUCCGUCGAGGUUUUUUUUUUCCUUGAUGAUAUUGCUAUGUUUUUUGUUAGUAAGUAGUUCUGUUCGGCCAUUUCUUUUUCGUAACAUGUGUGAAAUACUUAUCCAAUUUGUCAACUGCUCUAUUAAAACAACGUAACCCCGUCCCUAGGGUUUCUUGGUGCAUUCGUUCUUUUGCGGAUUCGCAAACUUCUUUCAAAUUUGGUCAACGCUAACUAAAAAACUGGUUACGUUGACUUUAUUUGAUUAUUUCAAUGGUGCUAUUUGCAAAAGAUCGAACUGACGCUUUACGGAUCUUUAAGUUGUUCUGAAUUAUAGAAAAGAUGUUUUAUUGAUAACGUACACCAACUUUAACAAAAAAGUAAAAUAAUGGGGGAGUACACCCACGUCUGUGAUGUCCACACUCCAUUACAAUAUUUCCAAUAAAGCGAGCAAUAAAAAUGCAGUACCUUUUGUACAGCGGAUUCAUUUACCUUUCAUUUUCUGUACAUCAAAACGCGGAAGUUGUCUGCGUUUAGUUUGAAUCUUUCUUCUGAUUAGACGGGUCACCGGCUACAUCUAACCGGGUAUUCUUCAGAUACUGAAUGAGAGGUUAGUUCAUUAAUCUUUAUGUGUUUCAUUUGAGCCUAAAAAAAGUUCUUGAGCUUUAUUGUGCUGGAUAUGAUAUAACUAUCCCCUGAAGGGGAGGUGAAUAGACUAUCCACUGUGGAGGUAUAUAUCCAGCGCUGUUCACCGAUACUGAGGGGGGUAGUUGUUUUAGUAUUUGCCAAAUCAGUUGGAUAAAAAUGGAAAAAGUAACCUUUUGUAAAUUAAAAACGUCACUUUAAUAGUAGGGACUUUGUUUAAAAUUUACAAACAUUUCGGGGAUUUUGUCAAGUGCGCAUUUGACUAUUCUGAUGCAAAUUCAGCAUGAAAAUAAUUUUCUACCUACCAGUAAACACCGACAAGCCAAAGUUUGUUGCUUUCUUGGUAUUUGUUUGAAGUGUAAGUGAGGUUAAAGAAUUUCGUGACACUUUGUACAAUCAAUCGUGACGUGUUGAUCUUGAGUGAUCAUAGCCUGAAACAGGACGAUCACAAGCAAUUAAACCUUGAAACACACUGAAACAAACCAAACUAAUAGAAAUCCACCAAUAACAAACCAUGACCUUUUGAACUCAUUCAAGUAAACAUGUGUUUCCUAAGAGGUCUGCUAAGAUGAUUGAAGGAACAGAAACACCCAAACUUCCUUCAAAGUUUGCAAAGUGUGUAGCACGAUACAAAGAAUUUGGCAGUAAAUAUGCGUUUCUGGGCCAUUUCACCUUCAAACAGGCCCAACCCCUCCCCUCACCCCACAUACAAAGUUUUAUGUGUACGUAUCCAGAAGUUUUUCAAAGUUUCAACUACAUAUAGGGUGGGGGGAGGGAGAACUGCAAGAAAAUUUCGAAUAAGGAUGCACUGAGGGCUCAGGGGCCCCACUCACAUAUUUUAAUGACGGGGGGGUCCGAAGGAUUUUUUUGGGUGUGACAUUUUGGCCUAAAGGGAUUUUUUUGGGUCUAUGAAAGACGCCCGGAUUUUUCUGGGUCGCGAAAACCACUCAGGGAUUUUCUUGGAUACUGUAUUUUUCAUCAGCUCAAAUCAACAAUAACAUAAGCGCAAUUUACUGCUUGUGUGGUAUUACGGGAUAUUUCUGAGAUUGUCAUCUAUGUGAAAAGUAAUUACUGGCACUCCAUUGCACAUCUAAUCCAGAGAGAAAUAUUCUAUAGGUCACGUAAUUCAAGGCCUUUCAAGCCAGUCAUCAAGACCACAAUGGAAACACUGUAUACAAAGUAAACAUUUUAUGAAUUAGAUGUUUACCAGCUGAUAUAUAUCUAUUAUCAAAUGAUCAUGUUGCUAUGUAAAAAUAAAGGCAAGGAAAACUGAUUUUGUAAACUCAAACUGGGAGUCAUGCGGUUGAGUUCCAGCAAGAGCUAAGAGGUCCAGUCAGUUGUGAUCCCAUUUUUGUUGUAUGAAGAAGUUCUCUUGAAAAUAUUAGUAACAUAACAUUUUGGCGAUAUAACGAUCCAUGUGAGUGAGCUGAGGCCAUGUGACAGAUGUGACUUGAUGUCCUGAAUCCUCUGUUACAAGGUAAGAGAUUCAGUCCAUUGUUGACACUGUACUUGUCCUAAAUCCUUUAGAGGUCAACUCUCUCAUCAGUGAAUGAGCUCCUGCAGCAUUACAUGCUAUCACUAGCCGAUGCUACUUACCUAGAAGCAUAUUUCCCAUUGGACAAUUAUGGUGACACUUCGGAAUACAUGGCUGAUGAUGGUCGAAGAGUCCAACAUUCCCGGACUCGAACAGGGCGACUUAGGCGAGCGGUUAUGUACACCACACAUUAAUCACAAUUAAUAGAUCCGGUUUUUACUUUCCAAUGUUGUUUGUAAGGAUACAGUUUGGCUUGAAUUUCUAAUGAACAGUGUAUUAAUUUUCAAGUCUUAUAUUUGAUACAGUUGAGUUGCCCUGAGUUGCUAUAUUUCACCACACUCCUAUGUAACAUGCCUGGUGAAACACGAUUUGGUGUGUUUGGAUGUGUUCUAUACCUGGUGGGAAUUGUCUGUCCACCUUUUGAGAUAUCAGUUGCACAAAAACAUGGUGAAAAGUCUGAUGCCACGAGAUCUGAGUUACAUAGGGAUGUUUCGGUACAAAUAGCAAGCAAAUUAUGUGCUAAGGACAAGACAUGCUGUAGAUGCCAUAAUGAAUAUCUUCCUGUAAAGUUGUUGCAGAAGAUAGGAUGAAGAGACACUAUAACAGUCAUGCAAGCUUUUUGUAUUUGUUUUUGUAUAGUUUCGUUUUUGACCAAAACCAAAUUUGAAGUUGGCAUGUUUUAGCUUUACAGAAGAUACAUAAUAAAAUUUGCUGAUGCAAAAACACUGAGGGAUUUUUUUGGGUAUGCUAAAAAAAAGUAGGGAUUUUUUGGGUAGACAAAUUCUGAAGUUGGGAUUUUUUGGGGUAUAAAAUAUGAACCUCUGUCGGACCCCCCUGUCAUUAAAAUAUGUGAGUGGGGCCCCUGGGACUGAGGGAACCCAAAAAUGACAGAAAAAUAAGAAUACUGUAUCACUGUCCCAAUUAAGGACUUUUGUUCAUGAUUGUACAUCUCAUAUAUCAGUGGCACAUUCCCAUCCAACAAUUCCCUAAGGGCCCCUCCUGACUCUACAGGGCCAAUUGAUUUUGUUUUGGAUGCCUUCUCAGAAUUAAACCACCAAAUGAUAGUUCUAAAGUCUAUUUUGUCUUUAGUCUUGAGUAUACAGUCAACUCUGUCUUAACGGACAUCUCUAUAAGACGGACACCUCUGUGAAAUGGACACCUCAGUAGAGUUUGUCCCUGCCUUUCUUUGCUCCCUCUAUUUGACUUUCUAUAAGACAGACAUCUAUCUAAGAUGGACAGCUAGUGCCGGUCCCAAAGGUGUCUGUCUUAGAGAGAGUUGACUGUAGUACCUAAAUUAAAUUGGAGCUUUUGGAUUUGCCCUGGGGUAAGGUGUCAUGGGUGCUGUCAACUCUCCUGGAUAAUCCGGGAGACUCCUGAUUUUGAAUUGUUUCGCCCGAUCUCCAGAUUACAGUCUGAAAUCUCCCGGAUAAUUGUUGAAGUUUGCUAUUUCUUGUAGAUUCGCCUUUCUGUCGAUGAAGUUUCAAAUAUUUUGCAUUGUUUAAGCUAUGUAACUUUUAACAUGAAAUGUUUCCUCAGAAACUCCAGUAUACCACUGCAAUAAGCAAUUAUGUGAUUGGUGAGAAGUAAACCAAUCAGGUACAAAUGUUACAAUUCCAACAACAUCUUUUUCACAUGUUUUUUUUUUUUUUUGCACAAAUGACAUCAUGUUUUGUGCAUUAUGACGUCAUCUAUUAUCCCUUCCCUGUCAAUAAUUUGAAGAUGUCGGGGGGGUUGACAGCCCUGGGUGUCUCACUACCACCUACCAGGCAUUCAUCCAUCGGCCUCAAUCUGCUUAUCCUUUUCAGAUAAUUAACAAUUAAUAUGUGACUGAACGUUGUGCUGUUUCAUUAUAUAUGAUUGUAGGCAAAUUAUGGCAAGCCAAAUGAGAAACUGGUUUCUUCACUUGUCUCCGAGGGAGAUUGAUGGAUUGUUGCAGAAAUUACUGGACUAUGACAAGAAGAGAAGAGUGAAUUAUGAGGAAGGUUUGGCCAGUAAAGUUGAGUCUGAUAUGAUUCUGAUGAUGAAUCAGCUGGGUCAGCUUAUUGAGAAAGAAGAUUCUUUGUUCAGAGGCAGUAUGAUGCAGUGUGGAAGUUCAUACAAUCGAACCAAGGUAAUUGUUAAUUUCAGAGCUAGAUGCCAGGGGGAUGCUCAAAGGGGAUAAAGUCUUUGACUCCCCCCUCCCCCCCACCACCACAUGGUAGCACAGAUAUAUGCUUUGAAGUUACAAAUGUUAUAAACUGCAUUGAAUUUUCAAAAGGUAGCUAUAGAUACAGAAAAUAAGUCCUUUAAUUUCAAGAUAAAUGUUCCAAAUUGCAGUUUUACAGCUACCCUGUGGCUGUAUGCAUUAUUAAUUUUGACAACACAGUGACUACCUAGGCGAAAGUUUUGUUCCAAUACGUAGUGACGAUGACAAAUGGAAAAUGACUAGCUGUAAAACAGUUUCAACAGUGAGCUCAGGUUGAAAACCCCCUGUCAAAAAUUCCCUGCCUGCUGGCAGCCAUAGCCAGCUAGCUACACAGCCGUUCUUUGACUUGUCACGCAAUAGGAGGAGCGUUGCGUGACGAUACAAGGAACGACUGUUUGGAGUGAACCCAACCCUCCUCACGUAACAAUAAAGGGUUGCAUAGGAAAUUAGAAAAUUCUCGUCUGCCCUUAUUUUAAUAUUUAUUUGUUCUUUUAUUUAUUUAUUUCGACAUAACACGGAAAAAGGCUGUGUAAGGUCAGCGUAAAGGUUAAUUGACUGGUUGCCAAUUUGAAUCACUAAUCUGUUCGCCCAGUGUUAGGUAAUUCAAGACAGUCUUGGAUUCGAAAUUCCACCCGGCAAUGGAUUACGGAUCCCAGUUACUGGAUCCCGGAUUCCUCGUUAGCGGUAUUUCGGAUUCCUCGACCUGAAUUCCUGAUCCCAAAUCAAAGGUUUCCGGAUUCCACAGGCAAAAAUUAAGUUUUCAAAAAUAUCGGCGUUAAAAAUUGAGGCUCAGAUAAGCAAAAUUGAACGAUUGCAAUUGAGAUGUUUAUGAAAACAUUUCCAGUAACAGCUAUAUUUACAAACUGUUACUUACAGUGUACAAGUAAUUAUUUCACUUACGUUAAGUUCCAUCGCGAGCAAGUACGACUAAUUGGCAAUACUAAUUUAAAAAAUGACUAGACAGCGAUGAAACAGACCUUAAAUUUAACCCUUUAAGCCCCAGUAUCCAAAUACAAAUUCUCCUGACUGAUCUCCAUGCAUUUUAUCAAAGACUUGGUUGAAAGAAUGUGAUUGAAGAUCAAAAGCAUUUUCACUUGGUGACUCGUCAUAUUAAUUCACAUGACCAUUUUUGUUGUUUAUGUAUUGGUAUUGUUAUGAGAAAAUUAAUGUUGGUCACUGCUUGGACUUUAUAAAGGGUUAAUCAGUGAAAUCUACUUAUUUUUGUGCCUCAAAUGUGCUGUACGUAGAUUGGACAACCCGACGAAAUGGAUUUCGCUUUCCAUUGGGAUCUUUCUGAAACACGGUCAAAGAACGUUGUGGGCGUCAACUUCUCCUUUAAUGGCCAAAAGCCCUUUGAACGAUUAAAAAGACUUAACGUCUUACCUGAGACCUCAAAAACUGGAGUCCUACCAGUGGAUAGUGUUGAUGUCUCAUUUUCUGUUAAAAGCGCGGAUAAUAGCGGUACUGAGAAUGCAGAGAGUACCAAUGCCGUGGUAGAUCGUUUACUACCUAGAUACAUUCAUGAAAGGUUUGAAGAAGCUGUGAAUGCUGCCUUGAUAAAGCUGCCACUUCUACCUGACUGGGAACACGGUGGUUUUGGCAAUCCUGAUUGUACUGGAACAAGAAAAAAUGGGCCCGCUAUGAUGCUGCAGUUCAACUACAACACAGGCGAUGGAGGAAAACUUAAAUUGACUCUGGAUCUUGUUCUAGCAAUAGACUUGCGAGAGAUUUACGAUGGCGACUUGCCAGAAUUGUGUAUUGUCGACAUGGGGCCAUCGUGGCAACAAGAGCUUCUGAAAAGGAAACGAUUGUUGGAUAAAGUUUUAACUAAAAUCUACGAUUCUAUUCACCUCGAUACUACCUUUGCAGAACGAAUAUGGCUUUCUACAAUGGACAACGACCAUCCAGUCAAAAUUACAGUGCGUAUCUUUAAAAUACUUAACCAAAUGGCCUUACAACUGCCCGACCCUGAUAUGAUUGUCGACAGUGUUCUCUUCACAGUGGAUAAAAAUCACAUGCUUUCCAUGAGAGGACUUCGAAGGUAACUUUGUUAUUCAUGCAUGUAAAACCGAUUCAGUGUCAAUAUACUGAGCUUUGUUCCCGUUAAUCUGAAGUCUCCCGACUCGGAGUAUUUCGCAGAUUCAGGAAGAUUGCAGAAGUUGAUUUGAAAAGCGUUGAUUAAAAAAAUAUAUAUAUGGGACGCAGGGAUACGGCUUUCUUUAAAGGCAAGGAAUUCUCGAAUUUACGUGUACUCCUAACAUGCUCGUAUAGUAUUCAACUUCUUUAGAAAAGUUUAAAUUCCGUUGCAUGUUAUACUUUAGUUUGGAUAAGAAUUUUUUCGAUUACGGUCUUUCUCUCUCUUAAGGUGUGGUAAAACGUGCGAGUAACGUGUCGUGCGACAAUUUUAUUGUUUCACGUUACAAUGUUUCAUUUUUUGCGCAGAGCCGGGGUAAAGUAAAAAAAAUGGGAAAACACGAAUUUGAAGUCCGGAUCCGGAAAUUAUAUCGAUUUAAAUUUUAUCCUUUCUCCAUGUCUUUAGUCUUGAUCAAGACUUUGCAAAAACCUAAAUUGCUCAUCUCGCUGACGAGUUAAGUUAAUCAUAAAAACAUACCUUUUGGGAAAGUCAACUCAUUCAGUGUUAAGUCAGGACACCUGUUUUUAUUUAUUUAUUAUUAAAUUUUUCUUACAGGAAAAUGGCAAAGUAUUCUGCUAAUGAGGACAAAGAGCAUGGCAGAGAACAAAUCAGGAAGAAACUGCGACUACAUUCUGUCAAACAGCUACAAUACUAUGAUAUGAAGGUCUCGGAUGGCGAGAGGUUUAUGGAUGUUGGUGAAUCGCUUGGUCAAAGACCUUAUCUGAAAUCCCAUGUUUUCCAAUCAGUUGUCCUCGCACUUUACGCUCUUAGUUGUGCUCAACAUCCAGAUGUAGAAGAAGACAAAAUUUGGACCAGGAGCGACCUCCCAACAAUUGUUGCCAACGUAAUGAUUGUUGUCCAGCAGUUCCUUGAUGUGGCUAUUGACAAUGACCCAGACUCCCGAGGAUAUCGAUAUUCGCUUUUUCCCAGUAUUGAACUAGAAAGCGAGGGCUCUCUUUACCGUCUACGGGCACCCAAAUCCUUUUGUCUUGAUGUCUAUAGAGGCGACACUAUCAAACGACAUUUUGGGCGUAUGUGGCAUCUCUUUGAACAGCUAACGACACGAGAAGACAAAACUGAAUUAAAGGAAGGAGGAAGUCCACCAGCAGCAACUGCGGGCAAAAUAGUGCAUCUUCUUCCCUUCACCUUUCUCGACAACGAAGGCUGA